UCUUCAAGAAAGUAUAUUUUGUGGUCAACAGUUUAAUACAAUCAAUUGCAUUUAUUUAAUUUUAAAUGAUAAGACUGUAAAAUGUUAGAAGAAACAGAGUUAAGAACAGUUGUGCAAAUUAAUGAUAUUUGUGGAACAAACGAUAACGAAAUUGUGCAAGAAAGCAAAAUGAUGAAUGAAGAACAUGAUGUUAGUCCAAGCAAAAUACGUAAUAAUAAACAAAUUACAGUUUUGCAAGUGAUUGAUUGUAACAAAAUUACAGCAGUAGAAAACAGUGAUGAUUUUGAAAUUAAUAAGAAAACAUCUCCUCCAGUUAUUGCUAAUGAUAGAGAGGAAGGGGGUUUAGAAAAUUCUUUAAAUGAAAGAGAAGAUAGUUCAAUUAUAAUUAAACCAAAGAAACUAAGAAUUGUUGACAGUGAUAGUGAAUAUGAGGGUGAUAAAGAUGAACUUAAUAUUGAAGAAACACAUAAAAAUGAAGCAGGUGAAUGUCAGCAGAGCAAUGAUUCUAAAGUAUACGAUAUUAAUAAUAAAGGAGAACUGGUACCAGAAGGUGAUUUCAAACAUAAAAUUGCCUUGACCAACCUCUGUGAUUCUGAAUCAGAAGAAGAGAUUGAUAACAGAGACAUAAGUAAUUAUACUUCUGAGAAUGUAGAACCUAUUAAGUACAAAAAGAAACCCAAGAAGAAGGAUUCUGAGUUGGAGCCAAAAAAAAUGACUGCAAAGGAAGCUGCAGAACAGAGAAAAGAAAUAGAGUCAGAUUCACAAAGAAGAGUUAGAGAAAAACAUGUUUCAUUACCAUACCAUGUACCAAAACAAAGAACUUUAAAGGAGUUUAUGAAAUUUAGGAAAAGAUUUGCUAGUGCUGUUCCAAAAGAAGCAAUCCACAAAUCUGCAUCUGUGGCUAUUAAAAUGACAGAAGAACAGCUUAAAAUUGUUUCGAAAAAUCUGAAAGAGCGAGAAAAAGAAGUUGAAGAGUUCUUCAAGUCUGAAAGUGAAGAAGAGGAUGAUGAGGAAGUAAUUGAAACAAAGAAAGAUUGUGAUAAAGUUGAUGGAGAUAAAGCAGAAAUGGAAUUGAAUGAGAAUAGUGAAGUAAAAUCAUUGGAGAUAAUUACAGUUGAAAAUCAAGAUAAUGAAGAAAGUGCACCUGUUGAAAUACCUGUUGUUAUGGAUACUGAAGAAGCUCUUAAGAUUACAGAAAAUAACCAAGUGGAGACUAAUGUAAUUCUAACAGAGGAUCAAAUGGCAGUAAAUACUAGUGAAUCAAAAGAUGAUAAUUUGAAUAAUUCAUCAGGGAGUUCAAAUUCUAUGGAACUUGUGUUUAACAUAGAUGAUGCAUGUGAUGAUGAUAUGGACAAUGUUGAAUGUGCAAUGAACGAAAACGAAAUAUGUAAAGAAAAUGAAGAAAUGGUUGUAGAAAAGGCAAUGAAUAAGGAUUUGUUGAAGCAACAAUUUGCUAACAUUACACCUUGCUUAAGCGGUGGACCUAAUUCGGUAAUUGAUUUGGACGAGGGUAUAACUCGACCAGACGAUGUAUCUCUAUUGAUGGAACGAUUUGCAAGGCACGCCUGCAAGAAAACGCCUCAGAAACACAAAAUUCAACUGAAUAUUACGAGCGUUUCCGGUGAUGGUGAUAUACACAAAGAAAAAUUGGCUGUGAAAAUAGAUGGACCUGACGAACCUGAGAUUAAUGAACGACCUGGAGUCCGAAUGGAGAAGCUUAGGAAUGAUUUACAGAUUCAAAUGGCACAGAAACGGGCCGAGAUGUGGAAGCAAAGGGUAAAACCGCCUACAAAAGAUGAAGAUAUGGAUACGUACGAAGGAGAGAGAGAUAGCUGUGGGGCAGAUGAUGACAUUUUGGAUGACGACGAGGAAGAGGAGUUGACUGAAACGGAAGAUGAGGACGAGGAGGAAGCUUUAGCUAAAGAAGCUAAAAAGGAUGUAACCAAAUCAGAAUUCUUUGAAGAAGAGGCUGAAGAAAGUGAUCCAGUUGAAGAAAGUGAGGAAGAUGAGAGCUCUGAUGAAGAGUUGCAAACGGACGAGGGUGAAAAGAAGCCUCUAAAGAGAAUUAUAAAACCGUUUGGUGACGAUUCUGAUGAAGAGGUGGCAGAAGAAAUUAUUGAAAAAACCGCAGCUAUUUCACCACCUGUCUGUAACGACGAUGAUGACAGUCCACCAGCAGCUCAACCCAACAACAACCUAAAAACUCCAAUCAGGCCAAAAAUUCCACCGAAAGCAGAUUUUGGUUUUCUGACGCCUGUCAAUCGUAUGACUUGCUUACAGAAUUUCGAUUCAAAACUCGCCAUUGAUUCCCCUGGAUCGCCAGCUAUAAAACUGCUAGAACCGUCCCCAUUAAAGUCCAUCAAUUGGCACAAAAAACUAUUCAUCGAACCCGAAAGCCACCAAACGCAAGAUAGUAUUGAGGAAUUGGCCACAAUAUGUUCAGGCAAAUUCAUUGCUACCCAAACUCAGCAGGUUACAGAGAAGGCUACUCAUAUAGAAUCAACGGAAACUGAGCCAAUCGUUGAAGUUGCAUCAACUCAAGAAUUGAUGGAGUUAUGUUCUGGAAAGUUUACCGGUGCUACACAGAUAGUUGAUGGUGCUACUAAGAUUGAAAGUAGUAACGAAAAGCCAUCUACUGUUGAGACUAUUACCCUUGGUGUAAAUAAAGAAAUUAAGAAUUUGGGAGAUGACAACGAAGAUAAAUUUAUAUCCCAGUUGCUCGACGAAGAGGAAAUGGAGCAGUUUAAGAGGAAAUUGAAUUCACCAGAAAAAAGUCAAGCAGCAAAAAAUUAUUUUAAUGAAACUGAAGAGGAAAAUGAGGAGGAAGAUGACGAUACGUUAGGGAAGAGAAAGAAGAAAUUGAAGAAGCGGAAAACGAAAGCAAUUGUGGAUUCAGAAGAUGACGAUGAUGAUGAGGAAGAUGUGGGUAACGAGGAGGAAUGCAUUGAUCUUCACGAUGAAGUUGAUAAUGAAGACAUCGAAGUGGAAUACGAUUCUGAAGAAAAUGAAAUUGAAGUUGAAAGGACUAAAGAUGAACCAAAGAAAAAAAUGAAGACGUCAGAUUUCUUCGAAAACGAAGCUGAGUUGUCGGAGUCCGAGUGGGGAAGUGCAGAUGAAGAUGAGAAGGAUUUAGAUCAGUUUGAAUUGGAACUAGGGGAUAAAGAGAAAUUCGAUGAAAACAAAGUUCGAAGCGAUCUUGAGAAAAUUCACAUGCGCCGAAUGCUGGAUGAUGAUAAUCGUGAAGUGAAGAUAUUACAAGAAAUGCUUUUGGAGGAUGGCGAAUUGCAAGGAACAGGUCGUCAAAGGCAAUUUAGGUGGAAAAAUAUAGAUAAUCAAACGGGUGAUGAAAACGCCGAAAAAGAAGCCAAUAACGAAGAUGCUACAAUUGACGAAGAUGAAGAAAAUGAGGAGCAGUGGAGAAAGAAACGUUACGAAAGAGAAGUGUUUUUAAGAAAUUCGCAAAAUUCACAAGGAUCUUCUAAAGAAUCUGAUGUAACAUUGAACAGUCAAGUGCUUAAACUGGGACAAAAGGCAAUCAUUCGAAAUCAAAAUAAAUCGAUGCUACAAGUGAAAGAGAAUGAUAAAGUUAAAGUGAAGCAACCCUAUUCCUUAUUGAAUCAACGAGGAUCGUUUUUGAGCAGAGGCGCGCAGGUUUUGGCCAGAGUAGCGGAAUACACAAAAGUCUCUAAUCCAGUAACGGGCGGUGCGAAGAACUCGAGGAAUUUUGUAUUUCAAACUGUGAAUAAUGAUCCCGAUGAAGCCGUUAAAAAGCGGAAGGCCCCAGCUGGAGAAACACCGACGGCUAUAAAGAAAAUUCGUUUGGAGAAUUUCAGUCCCGCUGUUGGAAAGAAAGAUUCGAAGAAGAAACUGUUUGGCAAUUGGUAGCUGGUUAAUACUUAUGAAAAUGUUAAACUAUUUAUAUAUGUUCUAAUUUUAUAUUAUUAAGGUAAA